AUGUUGGUGGAGAAGGUGGAUCAGAUGAUGGAGUGGAGCUCCAGGCGUUCCGUGAUCCGGAUGAACGGCGAUAAGUUCCGGAGGUUCGUCAAGGCCCCGCCCCGGAACUACUCGGUCAUCGUGAUGUUCACCGCGCUGCAGCCGCAGAGGCAGUGCUCCGUCUGCAGACAAGCUAACGAGGAGUACCAGGUGCUGGCUAACUCCUGGCGCUACUCCUCAGCUUUCUCUAACAAACUCUUCUUCACCGUGGUGGACUAUGAUGAGGGGGCGGACGUCUUUCAGCAGCUGAAUAUGAACUCAGCCCCUACCUUCAUGCACUUCCCAGCUAAGGGAAAGCCUAAGAGGGCAGACACCUUUGACCUCCAGCGGAUCGGCUUUGCCUCGGAGCAGCUGGCCAAGUGGAUUGCAGACCGCACCGACGUACAGAUCCGUGUGUUCCGUCCUCCUAACUACUCUGGCACCAUAGCCCUGGCCCUGCUGGUGUCCCUGGUAGGAGGGCUGCUCUACCUCCGCAGGAACAACCUGGAGUUCAUCUACAACAAGACUGGCUGGGCCAUGGCCGCACUGUGUGUGGUGUUUGCCAUGACGUCAGGCCAGAUGUGGAACCACAUCCGCGGCCCACCUUACGCACACAAGAACCCCCAGAACGGCCAAGUGCUGUAUCGACCCAAUGGGUGA